GAGAUCUUGGGGUGGCAGGUGAUGAAAUGCAUUGCCUGAUGUUGGAUCACGGGUCUGACCUGGACCGCCACGGAGAUGACGGUGUGCCCCUUGACGAGACGUACGAAUAUGACGGCCGAACGUAUCGUAAAACCGGAGGACAUUAUGGGAUGGCCUUUAACGGGCCCAAAGGAGUGAUCAUUGCAAUGGAUCGAAAGUCGCCGCAAUCUGCUGGAAAAGAACGGACACCUGCCGUGCAAGGCGACGAGCUACCUGCCGUUAAAUCAUGUUCAGACGUAGCUUGGAUGUUGUGGAAAAUGUUCGGCGAACACGCAGGAAACAUAAAGAACCUGAGAUUCUUCCUUUCGUUGUCAAUCAUCAAUGCUGAGACGGACGCUAUUCUGUCACGGGCCAUUCGAAACAUUGUGCCCGAGGCACAGCAAUUUCCAGCCUGGGGAGGAUACGAAUUCGAUACUGAUACACCCGAAGGACAAGCCAUCUUGGGUACUCCGAAUGCGCAGGCGUUCAGCUAUUUCCUGCUCCAGCACAAGAAGGAACUUGGGAACCUGUACAUCUCGAAGAUCCGGGUGUUCCGUGAUCAAAGGCAGCUGUCAUCGCAGGCCAACUUGCUUAUGGUUGUCGAGCCGGUGCCCGCAGGUGGGGAGAAGGCACCGACGGAAUCGUCUCAAGCGCGGGGUGAGGGUAUGACUGCAUUGACGAGCCGUAACCUUCGCCGCUGGUGGACGCGAGCAAAGCUGUAG